UGGAAGCACCAUCUACUUGUCCUGUUGCCACCAAAUCAAGGGAGCAGUUGAACUGUUUCGAGCAAGUACGCGCUGUAAAGCGCAUCGUUAACAAAUUUCAAACGCCUUUGUCGUCCUCGUCAGAACAAGAUCGAACAGAAGAGGAUGGAGCAACAAGUCAAAACAGCAAGGUUAACGUUCAAAUUACCUGUUGUUAGGCCUAUGCCGGUCAUUAUUCUGACAUAGUAUCUGCGUUUUCUUUUUUCCUUCUUCUGAACUGCUUUCACCUUCUCAUUUGGCUUGUAUGCAUUUUUAGUGAUACGAAUCCAGCACAUUCUCUGACUGCGAUACAUAGAGCAGGUAGUGUUUGACAACUCUUUUUUUGCCCCCAUCUUUUACAGCUUGGGCAACUACUCUAUGCAGUGGAGCAUAUAGACAUCCCCUUCGUCACCAUAGCAGCACCCCGGAGGAAGCUCACUUCCUUGUAGCUGACUCAACCACAUGGUACCAUCUUAGCAGAGGUAUAGCAAUGGCUAUCAAACAGAGCAUCAGCUUCACGCUGCGUGUUCUUGCUGAUCUAUCCCUCCUACUCUUUUGCGUCCUGCUUGCACCUGUAUGUUCAGCCACACCAGCCACAGCUCCUGCUGUUCUCCUGCAAGUGAAGUCCGGCCUCACUGACCCCGGAGGCGUCCUCUCUGGCUGGUCACUGGAGGCCGACGUGUGCUCAUGGCAUGGUAUUACGUGCCUGCCCGGUGAGGUCUCACCGGGCAUUGUGACAGGCCUCAACCUGUCCGGGCACGGCCUGUCAGGCGUGAUACCGCCGGCGAUGAGUGGCCUCGUCUCCAUCGAGUCCAUUGACUUGUCCUCCAAUUCCCUCACCGGGCCGAUCCCGCCAGAGCUUGGCGCGCUGGAGAACCUGAGGACGCUGCUCCUCUUCUCCAACUCCCUCACCGGCACCAUCCCGCCGGAGCUCGGCCUUCUCAAGAACCUCAAGGUGCUCAGGAUCGGCGACAACGGGCUGCACGGCGAGAUCCCGCCGCACCUGGGCAACUGCUCGGAGCUGGAGACGCUCGGCCUGGCCUACUGCCAUCUGAAUGGCACCAUUCCUGCUGAGCUCGGCAACCUGAAGCUGUUGCAGAAGCUGGCCCUUGACAACAACGCCCUCACCGGUGGCAUCCCGGAGCAGAUCGCGGGCUGCGUAAGCUUGCGCUUUCUGUCAGUGUCUGAUAACAUGCUGCAAGGCAACAUUCCUUCGUUUGUUGGAAGCUUCAGUGAUCUCCAGUCACUCAAUUUAGCAAACAACCAGUUCUCCGGUGGGAUUCCGGCGGAGAUCGGCAACCUUUCCAGCUUGACGUACCUCAACCUGCUCGGUAACAGCCUCACCGGCUCCAUUCCGGCAGAGCUGAACCGGCUGGGUCAGCUGCAGGUUCUGGACCUGUCAGUGAACAACAUUUCUGGAAAGGUCAGCAUCUCUGCAGCACAACUGAAGAACCUCAAGUACCUUGUGCUGUCUGGCAAUCUCCUUGAUGGCGCCAUCCCUGAAGACCUCUGCGCCGGCGACUCAUCAAGCCUGCUGGAGAACCUGUUCCUCGCUGGCAACAAUCUUGAAGGCGGCAUUCAGGCGCUGCUCAGCUGCACUGCUCUCCAGUCCAUCGAUGUGUCAAACAACAGCUUUACCGGAGUGAUACCACCGGGCAUUGACCGCCUGCCUGGCCUCAUCAACCUUGCUCUGCACAACAACAGCUUCACCGGCGCCCUGCCGUCGCAGAUAGGGAGCCUGGGCAACCUGGAGGUCCUGUCUCUGUUCCACAAUGGCCUCACCGGUGGAAUACCGCCGGAGAUCGGUAGGCUUCAGAAGCUGAAGCUCUUGUUCCUCUACGAGAACCAGAUGUCCGGAACCAUCCCCGACGAGCUCACCAACUGCACGAGCUUGGAAGAGGUGGACUUCUUCGGCAACCACUUCCAUGGUCCUAUUCCCGAAAGGAUCGGGAACCUCAGGAACCUGACCGUGCUUCAGCUCCGGCAGAAUGACCUGUCGGGCCCCAUCCCGGCGAGCCUCGGUGAGUGCAGGAGCCUUCAGGCGCUGGCAUUGGCAGACAACCGGCUUACCGGCUCGUUGCCCGAGACGUUCGGGCAGCUCGCCGAGCUCAGCGUGAUAACUCUCUACAACAACUCCCUCGCGGGCCCCCUGCCGGAGUCGCUGUUCCAGCUCAAGAACCUGACCGUGAUCAACUUCUCCCACAACCAGUUCACCGACAGCAUCGUCCCUCUUCUCGGCUCGACCUCCCUCGCCGUGCUGGCGCUCACCGACAACAGCUUCUCCGGCGUCAUCCCAGCAGUGGUCGCCCGAUCAAGGAACAUGGUCCGGCUCCAGCUUGGCGGCAACCGGCUCACCGGCGCGAUACCUGCCGAACUAGGCAAUCUGACAAGGCUCAGCAUGCUUGACCUGUCGCUCAACAAGCUCUCCAGCGACAUCCCGGCAGAGCUCUCCAACUGCGUUCAGCUCGCCCAUCUGAAGCUCGACGGGAACAGCCUGACGGGCACCGUCUCUGCAUGGCUCGGCAGCCUCAGGUCGCUCGGCGAGCUCGACCUCUCGUGGAACGCGUUGACUGGAGGCAUCCCGCCGGAGCUAGGCAACUGCUCGGACCUGCUGAAGCUGUCCCUCAGUGACAACCACCUCACCGGAAGCAUCCCGCCGGAGAUCGGCAGGCUGACGUCUCUGAACGUUCUGAACCUGAACAAAAACAGCCUCACCGGCGCCAUACCGCCAGCGUUGCACCAAUGCGACAAGCUGUACGAGCUGAGACUGUCGGAGAACUCGCUGGAGGGACCAAUCCCGCCGGAGCUCGGGCAGCUCUCGGAGCUGCAGGUGAUACUUGACCUGAGCCGGAACAGGCUCUCCGGCGAGAUCCCGGCGUCCCUCGGGGGACUCGUGAAGCUGGAGCGGCUGAACCUGUCAUCCAACCGGCUGGAUGGGCAGAUACCGUCCUCGCUGCUGCAGCUGACGAGCCUGCAUCGCCUGAACCUAUCCGGCAACCACCUCUCAGGCGCGGUGCCCGCGGGUCUAUCGGGCUUCCCGGCGGCGUCGUUCGUCGGCAACGAACUCUGCGCCGCGCCUCUGCAGCCGUGCGGGCCGCGGUCGCCUGCUACUGCUAGGCGGCUGUCGGGCACGGAGGUGGUCAUGAUCGUUGCGGGCAUCGCCCUGGUCUCGGCGGUGGUGUGCGUGGCGCUGCUGUACACCAUGCUGAGGGUGUGGAGCAACUGGCGGGCGGUGUCGGUGUCCAACUCCGAUGGCGAGGAGUCGGCACAUGGUGGCGGCGGGGGGAAGUGGGUGGACGGCAAGUACAGGAAAGUGGGGUCAUCGGUGUCUUGGUCGUCGGAACAGAAGCACAACUCGGGGUCCGAGACCACCAGCGUGCUCCAUGGCAAGUCCACGGAGGCCGCCGGCGCCGGGAAGAGCUAGCUGCUCGCGGCGUGGCAGCAGUGAACGUCACUUUUUCUUCCUAGCGAGCUCAAAAGCCAAAAUGUAUGUGUAUCGAUGAUCGUCUCUUGAUCUCCUCUUGUUUCCGUGUGUGUUUUUCUUUGAUUAAUUGUUACUGCUUCCGCCACUUCCGUUCGUCUGUGGUGUGUUCUUGAUUGGAGGUACAAGCUGGACUGCCGGAGCGAAGCAAAACCGAGAAUUGUGUUA